AUGACAGCCUGUGCUGCAUCGUCAUCAUUGGCCUUGCCUACUCUCUUGCGCCAUGUCUUACGCUCCGAGUCGGGCCACUGGCGCGCCUCCCGGAGUGUCUACCGUCCCCUUAACUCGUGUCGCGCUCCUAGUCUCCAAUAUCACCGAAACUUCAGCUCAUCCCCAUUAUUCCGUGAUACCUUGAACGACCAGUCUAGCCCUGGGAUCGCCGAGUCUGCAACUGUCACCACCGCCCCUCAGACACGUCAGAAAAACGAGGCAAUCACCGACCCUGGUGCAUCAGCUCAUCGCGUUACGGCGAAAAAGGCGACUUCCCACGCCAAGGGUGAGCACGAUGCUGCAACCAAGAAAGCAUGGAAGAAAGAGCGCAACGACUCUCGCAAGGACACAGCAAAGCAAAAGCCCAAGAAGAAAAGGAAGCCCGAAGAUUGGCAGGUCCAGAAAAAAGUCUUGAAAGAGAAAUUCAGUGGGGGAUGGAACCCACCCAAAAAGCUCUCCCCUGAUGCGCUCGAUGGCAUGCGACACCUACAUGCGACUGCGCCCGACCAAUUCACGACCCCCGUCCUUGCGGAGCAAUUCAAGGUCUCGCCAGAAAGUGUUCGCCGAAUUCUCAAGAGCCGGUGGCAGCCAUCGGAGGAUGAGAUGGAGAGUCGCCGCAAGCGCUGGGAAAAGCGACACGAUCGAAUCUGGAGUCGGAUGGCCGAGCUGGGUCUCCGACCUGCGACCAAGAAAACGAACGCCUAUGGGGAUUUCAAUAUGCUAUACGACGACCGCAAACCCAUGUAA